AUGGGAGCCUCCGGGGUUCAGGCGUGUCUUGUGUCGUGGCUGCUUGUCUUCGUCCUGUGCGUCUUCUCAUCUCUUGGCCAGGACGAAUACUCCGGCUACCACUCAGGUGAGGAUCACACCUACGAAGGCUCUUUGGUCGACCACUACGACAGCUCAGCGUACCCUCAACCAGAAUAUCCUCCGGAGCCGACUCACAUUUACGACGAGGAGCAGCAGCCGGACUACGACCCGUACGGCGCCGCCCCAACCCAGGUUACCAUGAUCACUGAGGACGCCUUCCCCUUCGCCACCACCGCCGAGUCUUACUACGCCAAGGAGGACACCAUGACCACUCAGGUGCCGUAUGAAUAUCCUCCCGAGGGGCCGGACACUGAUUCCUCUGAGGAGUCGGGAGGCGAUGCUGCUCUGGGACAGGAGGGUCCGACGGAGUGCGACUGCGAGCCUGGAGAGCCUGGAUUCGCCGGCUUCGCAGGACCGAAGGGAGCCAGAGGGCUGCAGGGUAAAAGUGGACUGCCAGGAGCUCAGGGCAGAGAGGGUUAUAAAGGUUUCAAGGGAGCUCCAGGAAGAGGCGGAGACACCGGACCAGUGGGUGACCCGGGGCUCGAGGGCGAGGACGGAGCUUCUGGUUUCUCCGGAGCCAUGGGUGAACCGGGACUGCCAGGAGAUCCAGGCGAGCUUGGAGAGUCAGGUCUGAAGGGUGACGACGGUCUGGACGGACCUCGAGGAGGAGUCGGAGAGCCCGGUGAGCCUGGCCCUCUUGGUGAGCCGGGACCUGCGGGACCAGAUGGUGGUGAUGGUAUCAAGGGAUCUCCAGGCGUCACCGGCAAGCAGGGCCAGCAGGGACUGGACGGAGAGAAGGGUCAGAUCGGAGCGCCCGGCUUCACCGGAGACGCCGGCGAGAGAGGAUACACUGGUUACCCCGGAGAACCAGGAACCACCGGAGCCGCCGGGCCCAAGGGCAGCAAAGGUCAGGACGGUCUGCCGGGCAGCGACGGGGAACCUGGAGAAGAUGGUCCCAUCGGAGUCCCAGGGGUGAUGGGAGAGCCGGGCCUGUUCGGCCCCAAGGGCAGUAAAGGGGAUCGUGGUGUGAGGGGACCUCUGGGCAGAGUGGGAGCCGUGGGAGCUCAGGGAGAGCGAGGAGAUGCUGGAGAGCCGGGGAAGCUGGGACCCAAAGGCCUGCAGGGCCAGUCGGGGGCCAAAGGUGAGACCGGACCAGAUGGUGAGACGGGCGCAGCGGGCAAAAAGGGCAUCAAAGGUGCGGAAGGAGAAAAGGGCAGCGUGGGCGAGCGUGGGGACAAAGGACAGCGUGGACCCAAAGGCUCCGUCGGUCGUGACGGCGUCCCCGGCCCGGUGGGACCACCCGGACUCCCAGGACCCCGAGGAAAGACCGGCCCGAUCGGUGACCUGGGUGUCAAAGGUCGAGCGGGACCCAAGGGAGCGCAGGGUGCUCCUGGUCCUGGUCUGACCGACGAGCAGGUCCUGCAGCUCUGCAGAGGAGUCGUCACAUCCCAGAUCUCCCAGUACGCCUCCUCCAUCCGGGCCAAGUGUUCGCAGGGCUGCCCCAUCAACAACCGAACUCUCAUCGGGCCGCCGGGAGCCAGAGGGGCCCCGGGGUCACCAGGCAAAGCUGGCAAAGCCGGUAAGGCCGGAGCAAAGGGAGCCAGGGGGCCUCAAGGAGAUCGAGGCUUGGAGGGCCAGAAGGGAGCGCAGGGUGAAAGAGGGCCGAAGGGAAACAAAGGAGCCGUGGGGGAUCCUGGUGCCGGCCUGCCGGGACACGACGGACACCAAGGCCUCAGAGGUCUGCCAGGUCACCCAGGGGAACCCAAGAACGGCAUGGAGGGCCCCCGUGGCCCCCGUGGUUUCCCUGGUCCGGUGGGCCAGCCUGGCAUGCUUGGGAUCGCAGGAGUGCCGGGGUUUUGCGAGGCACGAGACUGCAGUAUCCAUGCGCCGGUGAUGAGGAAAGAACAGGGCCUGGUGAAGAGACCCCUCGGCCCCAAAAUGUAAACCCGACCGCGGAGCUUACGACGGGCGUCACGGGCCGCUCUGAGCUUAGGGGGUUUGGAGAAUCGCCUCAUGGCAGUUUCGUGGUUCAUUUUGUUGAUUUUACACUGACUUGGGAAUCUACCUUGACCAUGGGUUUGAAUGAGAACAUGCUGAUCAUGUUUAUGGUGUGGUUUGUUUCAAAGCCGUGUCUGAUCUAAUUCUUACAUUGACCGAUGUUGAAAAGGAGGUGGGCCGAGUACAGUUCCAUGAGGCGCUCCGCUGCUCAGCAGGUUUGGUGAGAAAUGAUGGACUCUGUACAGAGAUGAAGCCAGGAAAGAGGACUUUCCAUCCGAGCCAGUCAACGCUUCAGCUGAAAUUUUAACAUCUAAUGAGUUUUUAAACAUCUGAAAAACCAAAACUCUAUUUCAUUUUGUUAGCAAAUUGAGUCUUAUGUACAAAAUUUGAGAAAGACACUAAAUUAUCCCUCCCUCAGUCAGGUGUUUCUUGUUUCUGGUUCCAGAGUUACUACAAAAAAAGAAAAUAAAAAAAUGCAAUGUAAAUAUUUUGUAAAGUAUCUCAAAUACAUGUACUGUGUUCUGAAA